CCAGUUGCCUUUGGAAGAAUGAAGAUGAUGAACUCAUGAUGAACAAACCAUUCCAUUCUGAAUCUAUCUAGUACACACCACACAGAGAGAGAGAGAGAGAGAGAGAGAGAAUUUGGAACGAGAUUCAAUUAUAUAUGGGAGUGACGACAAUUACAUCGAUUGAAAAAUACCUAAUUUUGUCAAUUCUUUAAUCCCUCUGUCCUCAACCACUCUCCCCUUUGUUGCAGAGACGAAAUGAAAAUCACGCAUUUGACUGAAGUACCACCGUCGCCAAUCUGUAAUAAUCAUGAGCUCGUUCGGAUCUAGACGACGCCUCCUAUUCGAAUUCUCCGAUUGAGCUCGAGGCCUCGAUCAAUGGCGAAUUUGGCGGCGGGGGCAGCGGUGAUGCUGGUGGCGGCGUUCUUGGGUGUGAUCGGCGGCGGGUCGGGUCAACAGCAGGUGGGAGAAGCUCCGUGGAGGAUCCACACCCUGUUCUCUGUAGAAUGCCAGAACUACUUCGAUUGGCAGACUGUGGGGCUCAUGCACAGCUUCAAGAAGGCCCGACAACCCGGACCCAUCACCCGCCUCCUCAGCUGUACGGAUGAGGAGAAGAAGAAUUACAGAGGCAUGGACUUGGCUCCCACUUUUGAGGUUCCUUCCAUGAGCAGACACCCCAGAACUGGUGACUGGUAUCCGGCAAUCAAUAAACCAGCUGGGGUUGUCCACUGGCUUAAACAUAGUAAAGAUUCAAAAAAUGUUGAUUGGGUUGUGAUACUAGAUGCGGACAUGAUCAUCCGAGGCCCAAUCAUACCAUGGCAGCUUGGUGCAGAGAAAGGCAGACCUGUUGCUGCAUAUUAUGGGUACUUGAUCGGAUGUGAUAACCUUCUUGCUGAAUUGCAUACAAAGCACCCUGAACUCUGUGACAAGGUUGGUGGGCUUCUGGCCAUGCAUAUAGACGAUCUUCGAGCUUUGGCACCUAUGUGGCUUUCUAAAACAGAAGAAGUGAGAGAAGAUAAGGCUCACUGGACAACCAAUAUAACUGGUGACAUUUAUGGCAAAGGAUGGAUCAGUGAGAUGUAUGGAUACUCAUUUGGAGCAGCAGAGGUGGGACUUCGUCACAAGAUUAAUGAUUACUUGAUGAUUUACCCAGGCUAUAUUCCACGAGAGGGUGUUGAGCCUAUCCUUUUGCACUAUGGUCUGCCAUUUAGUGUUGGAAAUUGGUCCUUCAGUAAAUUAAAUCACCAUGAAGAUGAUGUUGUUUAUGAUUGUGGCCGGCUUUUCCCUGAACCUCCUUAUCCUAGAGAGGUAAAAGCAAUGGAAGCUGACCAUAAUAAAAGGAGGGGACUUUUCUUGAAUAUUGAGUGUAUAAACACUUUAAAUGAGGGUCUCCUAUUACAGCAUGCUGCACGUGGCUGCCCAAAGCCAAAAUGGUCAAAAUACUUAAGCUUCUUAAAGGGAAAAACUUUUGCUGAACUAACGCGGCCAAAAUUUCCUACUCCUCAGAGUCUGCAAUUUAAGGAAGAUGAGGUGCAGCAGAAGGUCUCUGACAAACCUGGGAGGCCACAUCCGAAAAUCCAUACUAUUUUUUCCACAGAAUGUACUACUUACUUUGAUUGGCAAACUGUGGGGCUCAUCCACAGUUUCCGCCUGAGUGGCCAGCCUGGGAAUAUCACAAGGCUUCUCAGUUGUACAGAUGAAGAGUUAAAGCAGUAUGCAGGCCAUGAUCUGGCUCCCACCCAUUAUGUUCCAUCAAUGAGUAGACAUCCUCUAACAGGCGAUUGGUAUCCUGCAAUCAAUAAGCCUGCUGCAGUCCUUCAUUGGCUUAAUCAUGCAGAUAUUGAUGCAGAGUUUAUUGUAAUUCUGGAUGCCGACAUGAUCGUGAGAGGACCAAUUACACCAUGGGAGUUCAAAGCAGCACGAGGCCAGCCAGUUUCAACUCCAUAUGACUACCUGAUCGGCUGUGAUAAUGAGUUAGCAAAACUCCACACCCGCAAUCCCCAAGCUUGUGAUAAGGUCGGUGGUGUUAUCAUAAUGCAUAUAGAUGAUCUGCGAAAGUUUGCUCUGCUAUGGCUCCAUAAAACUGAGGAGGUCCGGGCUGACACAGCUCAUUAUGCGAAAAAUAUUACUGGAGAUAUCUAUGAAUCUGGGUGGAUUAGCGAGAUGUAUGGUUAUUCUUUUGGUGCAGCAGAGCUGAAUUUGCGGCAUCUCAUAAGCAGGAAGAUACUAAUAUACCCGGGAUAUGUUCCUGAACCGGGUGUCAAGUAUAGAGUUUUUCACUAUGGCUUGGAGUUUCAAGUUGGAAAUUGGAGCUUCGAUAAAGCAAACUGGAGAAAUGUUGACAUAGUUAACAAAUGCUGGGAAAAGUUUCCUGAUCCACCUGAUCCAUCAACACUGGAUCGUGGGGAUGAGAACGCGCUACAGAGGGACUUGCUUAGCAUAGAAUGCAUGACAACACUGAAUGAAGCUCUUCACUUACACCAUGAGAGUAAGAAAUGUCCCAACCCCAGUUCCUUAUCAACCUCGGAUCAGGAGACAGCCAGUGAAGACAUUGUGACAUCAAGAAAAUUUGGCAAGAUUGAUGCAAGUCGUUUGAUCAGGAGCAACCUCGUUUCAGUGGAUGACUCCCAGAAUUCGUCGUCACCUACUUUUACAGACCGGGCAGCUGGCUCUUCCAGGUUUUUGACUCUUGGUCUGUGGGUUUUCUCUAUCUUGGUCUUCGUGGUAUUAAUGUAUGUGAUGCUUCUGCGACAUCAAGGACAAAAAAGAAGAAGCAAAAACUAUAAGCCUAAGAGAAAAGCUACGUAUUCACCAUACUCGGGAUUCAUUGACACUAACGGCCAUGAUAGGCACCUCCGAAUUUCUGAAUAAUCAUAGGAACUUGAACAAGGUUGGAAACAUGGAAAGAACAAUGUUUUUGAAGGUGAAAGAUGCCAGUGCUGGCUUGGAUCUUGGUUCAGAGUUUGCGAGACUACUGCUAGCUCAGCCAAGACAACUACAUUCCUGCGAAGAAGAACUCCUUCGAGAUGGGCACUCAGUAACAUUAAUCGACUUCAAGUUUUGCAUCUGUAGCAUUAGGUAAAGUAAAAAAUUUUAUUCCACGAGUAUGUUGAUGCAGUAAGCCAAGAGCAGUGUUACGGAUUGAAUGUCAAGUGGUCAAUGAAUGUGAUGUCUGACCAGAUCUUUUUACCGUUAAAAGUAAUAAUUUUCUCGAAAUCAGGCAGGUUUGUCUU